AUGUCGGGCUCUUCACACCAAGCGCCUCUGUCCCAGGUGCAACACCUACAACAACACCACCCCGGCGCCGUCCCGCCCAUGCAUCAUGCCAAUCCCGGCGCCCCUCCCGGCACAUCGGCUCCCACCAACCAAAAAGUCGACCGCUCCGCUCUGCUCCAACUUGUCCUUGACCUCACCAGCAUUGACAAGCGGGAGAAUGCCCUCAACGUGUUGAGCAAGCAGCGCGACUCGUGGCCCGAUUUGGCCCCUGUUCUCUGGUUCUCUUGCGGAACCAUGGCCGCCCUGCUCCUGGAGAUUACAAGCAUCUACCCCAUGCUUUCUCCACCCGCCCUCACGGCCCCUGCUUCAAACCGUGUUUGCAACGCUUUGGCCCUAUUGCAAUCAGUGGCCUCACAUGCCGACACGCGCACGCGCUUUCUGAACGCACACAUUCCCUUGUACCUCUACCCCUUGCUGAACACACUCAACAAGGCACGCUCUUUUGAGUACUUGCGUUUGACUAGUCUCGGCGUGAUUGGUGCCCUUGUCAAGACCAAUGACUCGGAAGUCAUCAGCUUUCUCCUCAAUACGGAGAUCAUCCCGCUCUGCCUGCGAAUCAUGGAGUCAGGCUCAGAGCUUUCCCGAACCGUCGCCACGUUUAUCGUCCAGAAGAUCCUUUUGGACGAUAAUGGGCUCGUGUACAUUUGUCAAACUUAUGAGCGCUUCUCCCACGUCGCUCUGGUUUUGAGCAAAAUGGUGUAUCAGCUUGCCCGCAGCCCGAGCUCCCGCCUUCUCAAGCAUGUCAUCCACUGCUAUGUGCGCCUGUCCGCGAACAGCCGUGCCCGCGAAGCAUUGCGCCAAUGCUUGCCAGAGCCUCUCAAGGGCGACUUUUUCGAUUCAUGCCUCCGGGAUGAUCAUACCACCCGACGUUGGCUGUCAGAGUUGGUUGCCAACUUGUCUCGUGACGGUCCUACCAACGGCCACACACUCUCUCCGGCUCCGCCAAAGGCUGGAGAGGUGGAAUACAAGAGCUCCAAGCGUCGUUUCCCCUUGGGCGUGGUGGUGCCGUGUUGCUGUUUGGGCAAGGUCCAUUGCGUGAAUGAAAACAAGUGA